AUGACUGGAGGAAAAUCUGGCGGCAAAGCCUCUGGCUCCAAGAGCGCUCAAUCACGAUCAUCCAAGGCUGGACUCGCAUUCCCAGUCGGCCGUGUUCACAGACUGCUCCGAAAGGGCAACUAUGCUCAGCGAGUUGGUGCUGGUGCUCCAGUCUACCUGGCCGCCGUUCUUGAAUAUCUGGCCGCCGAAAUCCUCGAGUUGGCUGGCAACGCUGCUCGUGACAACAAGAAGACACGUAUCAUCCCAAGACAUCUUCAGCUCGCCAUUCGAAACGACGAGGAAUUGAACAAACUGCUGGGUCACGUCACAAUCGCACAAGGUGGUGUCCUGCCAAACAUUCACCAGAACUUGCUUCCAAAGAAGACAUCCAAGCCAGGCAAAGGUCAAUCUCAGGAAUUGUAA